ACCGAAAUUUGCACGAAAAUCCGCACAACCGUUUUCAUGUAAAAAAUUAAAUUGCCCAAUUAAAUUUGGCUAUAGCGGAUGUGCCUUGGUUCCUUUCUAUUUAACGCGGUCCAAAUUACACUAAAACUUAACAACAUUUGUAAUCGCAGAUUACGAACUUAAUCCCGAAACUGUACUUUCACUCAGUUUUGGAAGUGAGAGGGGUUUCCGGAAUUUGACACAACUUACUAUCAAUCGUGAACAUACAAUGUUUCCCGGAUGACCUCUUUUUUUGUCUGAUCUAUCACUAGCAAUCAGCUGCUGUGCUCAAUAGUAGCCAUGAAAUUUUGUAAUUUCCUUUGAAAAAUUCAUGUGCGAAUAAAAGAAUAUGAAGCCAUUCUUCCACAGCGGCCUGCCGCUCCUGAGCGCGCUCCGACAGCGGAAUCUGAACUACAACGUGAACCUCUCGCGGCUGGCCCAGGUGAGCCCGGUGGGCGUCCUCGAGGACCUGAGCACAACCGGCGAGAUCCGGAGCCUGCUCAUGAGCGACAGCUCCGGGCGCUACAUCCUCCAGUGCUACGCCAAGAGCGGGAAGCUCACCUACCACACGCGCAAGACCCUCGUCGCCAACAUCAUCGACUACGAGCUGCGGGACGACCCGGACAAGCGCCUCGACCAGACCCGCUUCCUCGAGCUGGCCCAGGCCAUCGUCGAGAUCUUCCCGACGGAGAAUGCGGACCUCUACUACUACCCGGCCACCACCUCCGACAACGCCGCCAAGAGGUGCGCGCGCGGCAAGCUCAGGGAGAGGUACAACAACGUCCGCAAGGCCUUCCAAGAGAGCGGUCUCAUCCCCUCCAGGAAGUGGACCAAACAGUGAUCACAGAUUCAUCGUGCAAAUGGUGUGCCGAGAAAGAAACCUAUUCCUAUUUAUUUGGUUUAAAUAGAGCUUUGAUCAUCCGUGAAGAGGAUAAUGUUUCUCAUUAAUUAAAAUUAAAAUCACGGAUACUUUCUCAUUUAGAAUCGUAAUUUCUAACCUCUAAUGAGUUGCCAUUACUUUUUUAUCCUUCCAAAAACACGUAACGCACAAGAUAGUGCUAAUUAACAGUGAAUCAGCAAGUAACGAUUCUUUAUUUUGAAAUGAUUUAUUAUAUAAAUUUAUGUUCAGGAUUCAUUUGAAAAAUGGAUCACCAAUAAUAGGAGCUCAUUAAAUUUUUACCAGCCCUAGUUUCUUUUUUCGCCGAUAUCAAGUCAAAUUGCGAAGGCAAUUCCCUCCUUUUGCGCACUUUCCUUUUGUGUCUAUUUUAAUUUGUAUUUGUUUGUGCAAUAUUCCAUGAUUCUGGAGACUGUUCUACCAACCUGAAAGAAAGUAAAACUCUAUUGAAUCUCAUAGAUUUCGAUUCCAAAGCAAAAUUGAAUGUAAGCAGAAAACUAGUGAAACUAUAACAUAUUUUAUGAUCACGCGAAAUCUUCUAUUUGUUCAUCCAUUUGAAAGGCCUUUCGCCACGUGUGUGAGUGGAAGAUCCUUUUCCUAUUGUAUUUUAAUAAUCAUAUCCUUGACUCUACACUGUUUAUUUUCAUAAAUGUCUUAUUUACCUUUGUUAUUUGUACAAUUUUUUAAAGAAGUAUCGCGCUUUUUGUGCGUAUAACGCUGAAAGUAGUAAUGUUUUAACUUACAAUACCCUAUUGUAAAUGAUGUAGAAGUUAAAUACAUUUUCCUGCAACAGUAA